UUGGAAUGGAUCAUAAGUUAUCAGACGGCUGAACCAAAAACAUCUCAACCAACCCACAAAAAACGAAACAAUAAAAAUGGUGGAGUUUGAGUUUGACAUCAGGGACCUGUUCCCACAGGAGAUCAUCCGGGUCCAGCCACACUUGCUGCGCCCCCAGAUAUUGUCUGCCUUGCUGAAAGACCAAAAUCCGAAGGCCGCUCCGCCAACACCGGGAUACAAGCUCAGCCGGAUCAUUGACGAGAUGGGGCAGCUGUCGGCGGUGGCCCAAGGCCUGAGGACUGCAGUGACCACCGCGGAGAAGGUGGUCGACAACAUGACCAACCACGUAAUCUAUCUAAUGGCAGACAGCGAGUCGGGCCGCUGGGCGGUGACCGGAUUGCUCAAGGUCGGCACCAAGGACCUCUUCCUGUUCGACGAGAAGGGCGAGUGCCGUCGGGCGGACCAGACCCCGGCCAUCCUCGACUUUUACAUCCACGAGUCCCGCCAGCGGCGCGGGCUGGGAAAGGCCAUCUUCGACAAGAUGCUCGCCGACCAGGGCUGGUCGCCCUGCAAGUGCUCCGUGGACCGGCCCUCCCCGAAGCUGUUGGGCUUCCUGGGCAAACACUUCGGUCUGGUGCGCACCAUACCGCAGGGCAAUAGAUUCGUGCUCUACGAGGGAUUCUUUGACGACGUGCCGCCCGAGGGUCAGAGGAGCAGGGGCACUCGUGGACCAGGUGGUGGAGCUGGCAGUGUCGGACCGAUCGCCAGCAUGCCGUGCCGCGGUCGUCUGGCCAAUCUUCCGGGCUCCUUUUACAACCCCAUUUCGGGCGGCCGCAUUCAGGUGCCAGUGGGGUACCCCAACAGCUCCCACCGAAGUGCAAACGCCAACAAGAAUGUCAGCUCGAACAUCACCAACAAGAUGGUCAAUAACCCUAAACUCCCCAACAAGAUCACUUUCAACAACGAUUCCAACAACACCAAACCCAAUAAUACCAACACGAACAGCAAUUCCAACCAUUCCAACAAAUACACCAACAGCCCGAACAAUAACACCAAUUCCAACUGCAACCACGCCUCUGGAUCACACCCAAAUGCAGUUUCAAGCCAAGCUCAAAUUCAAAAUCGCAAUCAUAUGUCCCAAGGACCUGGAAGCUCGAGUGCCGUGCCACAAUAUAAGUCAGGGGGCCGUUUCCGGUCCAAGCCGAGGUGCAGCAGCAUGGCCCAGAUCAUGGGAAGGGACUUUGAUCAUUAAGCUCCCGGAAGGACUCUCGCAGGAUACACAUAAGAGUCGGCUCUGGCCACGCCCACGCGUCUCGGUUUAUAUUUUCUUUUGACGCGAUGGCGCGUUCCACGCCGCCCUCAAAAUUAAUGGUAGUUCCUGUUCAUUUCGGAAAUUGUAUAAAGGUACGCAGUUAGUGACAUAACGCACCUGAAACCAGCUGUAUACAAAUACAACCUAACCUAAUAGCACAAA